AUGAAGCGUAUGAAGACCCUCGCCCGAAGCUACGUGUAUUGGUCCAGUUUGGAUGCUGACAUUGUCAACUUCGUCAAGGCAUGCCAACACUGUGCGGCCGUAGCCAGGUCACCUCCUCACUCUUCACCGGUGCCGUGGCCCAAGCAGACCGCUCCGUGGCAGCGCGUUCACGAGGAUUAUGCCGGUCCAAUCGAAGGCGAAUAUUACCUGAUCGCCGUCGACUCCAUUUCCAAGUGGCCAGAAAUCAUCCAAACGUCCCGUAUAACCUUAGCGGCAACUAUCAGCAUUUUCUGUGGGUUGUUUGCUCGGUUGGGUAUGCCUGCUACACUAGUCAGCGACAACGGAACCCAAUUCACGAACGCUGAAUUCGCAGAUUUCUGCGCCUCAAACGGCAUCGAACACCUCACAACUGCUCCGUUUCAUCCUGUUUCAUCCACAAUCAAAUGGCCAAGCUGA